CAAAUCCGAGCAGUGAAAAAAAAGUGAUGUGUCAAAUAAAAAUAUUUACGUGAGCCCCGUCGUGAACCUAAUUUCAGUUUUUCGUGCGCACAGCAGUUUUCCUGCGACAAAUCAACUCUCGACGUUGUUUCACAAUUCAAUUUCCUACUGGGAAAUCAUUCCUGUUUUGUAUUAAUGUUUCGCUAGCCCGUUCAAUAUUUACAAACGCGUAUUCCAUCCCCUCUUUUGGGGAUGCUCUGCUGAUGUGUAAAUUGGUGCUGCAUCUUUGCUACUGCUGCUGGUGAAUCAUUGUGAACGUAGAUAUUUCCAAACACAUCCGUUCAGAGGAUAGUAAGGCCAAAUUAGCUGGUGAUCGCGGAGUUGUUCAGAUUUUACGGUGCGCGGGUUUUGUUCAUAGCUAGGCAUCUUGGAAACGUUUUAUCGCGAGCAAUGACAAUGGGAGAUGAUACUCCAGUGGUCACUUCCUUGGUGCUGCCAAUUCUGAUACGUCCAAUCCUGUCACAGCUGGAGCGCCGUGAUGUUGUCGCUUCGCAGACACUAAGGGCAGCCUUGACGAAGGCCGAGCAAACACAUCCUGGUCUAACGUUCGAUUUGGUCAUGGGUAUCAUCAAGAAAGGUGACAUCAACGUCAACAUGAACGAAAGCAUUCUUAGACUGCAGGGUGCGGCAACUGAUAGCGAUUUAAUUGAAUAUCGCCUAAACCGAACGGAAGACGCAUUUCAAGAGCUUAACAAAAAGUCUUCGGCGCUGAAGCGAAUUCUAAGCCGCAUUCCAGACGAAAUUACCGACAGAAAGACAUUCCUGGAAACUAUUAAAGAAAUCGCCAGUGCCAUCAAAAAGCUUUUGGAUGCGGUGAACGAGGUGGUCGGUUUUAUCCCGGGUUCCUCCGGGAAGCAGGCGGUAGAGCAGCGCAAGAAGGAGUUUGUCAAGUUUUCCAAGAAAUUCAGCACGACCCUGAAGGAGUACUUCAAGGAAGGAGAAGCAAACGCUGUUUUUGUGAGUGCUCUGUACCUGAUACAUCAGACGAAUCAAAUAAUGAUUACCGUGAAGAACAAGUGCGAGUGAGGUGUCAGGUGGUCACCGGUGGAUGGUUAUAUUCUAAAAUACAGGUUAUAAAAACGUUGUUUUACUCUUCUCCUCCUGGAUGCACCUUGUUUGCUUAACAUGGUAGCUCCAACAGUGCAACCAUUAAAGACAGUCAGGAAAGAUCUUCACUUCAAGUGAGACCAAGGGAAGAAGGUAGAUGAAAAAACAAAAGAGUCGGUUGUAAUGGAUGUCGUAUUAUCUAUUUAAUAUUACUUUAUUGCUAAACUAAAAUAAAAAAAAUAAUUUUUAUCGGAUAA